CCACCCAUGUUUAGCCAUCGCCAUCACAUCGCCAUUUGCAAAUCUUUUUUGGAAGUGUCGUGUAAACGUCCAUUAAAAGCACGGACAAAAUCAACAAAUUUUGGGUAUACCAGUGUUGAUUUACAACAUUUUUUUGACGAUCAUCUUUAAUCGAAUCAAAUAUGCCAAAACCAGGUUUCAAAAAGCAAUGGAAGCGUGAACAUGAUGAUCGAGCUAUCGAUACUCACGGCAAUUAUGAACAGCGAAGAGUUACUUUCAAACUAGGAAGAGGUCAUGGAGGUUUUAAUAACAAAUACAAGAAUAAGGAUUUGUCAAAUGCCAUUCGGGAUCAUCUCGAAGAAGAAGAUAUUGACAUGAAUUUAGGUUCCGUAUCUGGAAAAAACUUUCGUAGAAGUGGUGGUUAUAAAAAAGGAAAGGGGCACCGAGGAUCACCAACUCCUGGUAAUUACAGAAAGUUGCUUGAAUGUCAAUCCGGAUGGUAUAAAGUUUCUAUACCUUAUGGAGGCAACCAAGAAAAAAGUUUUUUGCAGAAAUUGUUUUUGGAUAAGGUGGCACCUUUAUCAUUCUGGCCAAUUGCUUGGCAGACAAAUGGAACCACUGUGAUUUUUUAUGUAGAUGAAUAUAAAGUAGCUGAGAAGUUACUCAGUUUAGACAAACAAGUACAACUGCCUACUGGAUAUAGAUUAAUUGUAAAAGUUCAUCCAGGAUCUCCAAAUAUAUCUUAUCAGGACCUGGAAUAUUCAAAAGAGAAAUUAAAACUUGUAUUGGCUAAAAGAUAUAAUACAAAUAAUAAAGCUCUCGAUUUAAGCAAGUUUCAUGCAGAUCCAGAGCUACAAGAUAUGUGUUUUGCUUUGUAUAAACCCAUCAUUCUGAGCACAGUUAUGGAUAUUGUAGCACAAAAUAUUCCUGAUUUGGAAGCAAUUAGCCUGAAUAAUAAUCGACUAAUGAAUUUAGAGACCUUGAAAAAUGGUUUUAAGAAGACUCCUCAUGUGAAAAUUUUACACCUAGCUAAUAAUAAGAUAAGAGAUGUUGCAAAUUUGGAUGCUCUAAUGAAGCUACCAGUAAUAGAUCUUGUUUUAGAUGGGAACCCGUUAUGUAAUAAGUUCAGAGAUAAAGAUACUUAUAUAAGUGAAGUCCGUAAAAGGUUUCCCAAAUGUAUAAAAUUGGAUGGAAUUGACCUGCCUCCACCGAUAAGUUUUGACAUCUCAGAAGAAACGCAUCUACCUGAUGGGCAACAAACUUUCCUCUGCAACUCUGAAGGGGAAGUAAUUGUGCGACAGUUUUUGGAGCAAUAUUUUCAAAUCUAUGAUACUGAAAAUAGGCAACCGCUUUUACAAGCAUAUCAUGAACAUGCUGUAUUUUCAUUAACAAUGGCAUACCCCUAUGGAUAUGGAAAAGAAAAGAAUGUAUCUUGGCUGAACUGGUACAAUACAGACAAUAGAAAUAUAUUAAAACUCACUGAUGGGGACAGAAGAUUUAAAUUGUUGAGACAGGGACAUCUUUCAGUAGUAUCUUAUUUGCAAGAAAUGCCGCAGACAAAGCAUGACAUUCAUAGUUUUACUGUUGAUUUGACAAUUUUUACACCACACAUGAUUUCCUUAACCAUAUCUGGCAUGUAUAAAGAACUGAAAAGUGGACAUAAAAUACCGCCAACCAGAUUUUUCUUCAGAACUCUGGUUAUAGUACCUGCAGGAACAGGAUUUUGUAUCGCCAAUGAUCUACUUCAUGUUAGUAAUGCCACUCCAGAUCAAGCAAAGGAGGCUUUUAAAACGCCAUCUUUACCAACACCUCCAUCUGGUACAGCAGCCCCUCCAUCUACGCCAGAAGCAUCCCCUAUUAUUCCUCCUGUUUCAGUGGCAGUAUCACCUAUACUUGAUAAAUCUACAAAAGAAGAAAUGGUCAAACAAAUUGCUUUGAAAACAGGAAUGAACUGGGAGUGGUCACUGAAGUGUCUAGAAGGAAACGAUUGGGACUUCGUAAGGGCUGUCGGAGUUUUUGAGAAUCUUCAAAGCCAAGGACGUAUUCCCGUAGACGCAUUUGUAAAAUGAUUAUUUGAGGAUUACGUUUUACCCCAUAUGCUAGGAUGAUUUUACUUUUGAUAACGUAUUUCCAUUGUCAAAUUAUAUAGUCAGAUUGUAUUUUGUUGAUAUAAUAUGUUGUAUAUUAAGAGUAAUGACGUUCUCCGGCAGCUCUGAUAAAGAAUGUAAUGUAUUUUAUUUUUUAUAAGAAAAAUGGAGUUACAAAAUAAAACUAGAAUGAUAAUCUAUAUUAUGUAGCUGUACACGUUUUUAGGUAAUAAAUACAUUUUGCAUUAGGCUUACGAUCAUAGUUUAAUAUUAUAUUUUGUAUAAAUCGUUUUUAUAGGCUCAAAAAACUCAAGAAAUAUACUUUUGUAAAAGAUACUUAUAUAACUAAUUUUAUUUCAUUAACUUAUAUGUAUAUUUGUAAAUCUGUUUUUGUUUGUAGUAUUUAAGUUUUAUUAAAAAAGUUGAGCUUA